GCUCCUGCACUAAGACCUCUGUAUGCCAUUGUCCCGUCUGGGUCUCUCCACUUUGCUGCUCCCACGUUCUGUGUGGCCAUCUGGCCAGACAGCAGAGGUUUAAGGCAGUGACGCAGAUUGGAAAUGACUGAAUUUCAGGCAAGACCUUUGCCACCCUGUCCCACCAGAGUCAAAGAGCGAAAAACAGGAGCUGGGCUGCCGCCUGCUGGUGAAGUUGUGAAUGACGCUUCUCCGCGGCCCGGGCCGCCUAAGGGACCCUUCACUCCGCAACCAUGAAGAGCCCCGGCUUGGACGCUCCUUUUCUCCCAGGGUCACUCGAUACUUAAACUCUUCUGACUCCCACGCGACACAUGCUAGGCUUCUGGCAGAGAAGCUGAAAAUGUCCCGGGACACUGGUCAGAGAAAAGGCCUCUGCAGCUGGCCGGACAGACCUUUCUCGCUCAGGACCCAUCCUGCGACUGCCAUCGGAGGAGAGUUGGCUGGAGUCACCAGGGCGGCUUCCUCACCCACAUGGCUGGUGGCUGAGGCUGGCUGGCAGUUGGGGCCGUCAGCUGGGACCCCCUACAUGUCUCCCCACGAGGCCUGGACUCCCCCACAUGGCCGUUGGGUUACAGGCCAGCAUGCCAGAGGGAGUCAGGAGGAGUUGUCCUGCCCUUUGCAACCCAGCCUGGGAAGGCACACAGCAGAACUUCCCCUGGGCUGUCCCACUGACACAGUCACGGAGCCCCAAGCAGCUUCAUGGAAACCCACCUCUCCACGUACUUUCCCGCUGAACCCCGCCUCAUCCACCCUGCUCACCGCAGCCAACGUCACCUCCACAACCUCUAUUGCCACGGUUGGCAACUCAGCCCCCCGACACCUCCAAGCACCAGUGGACACCACAGCCUCCGAGUCCGCAUGAGGCCGACACCAGCACACACCCUCUGGCCCCCUGCCCAGCCUGCCCCCCGCCCUGGCCCUCUCGUGGGCCCGAAACUACUUCCUUGCCUCUAUCUCCCGCCUUUCAUUUUUCCCCAUUGCGCAUCUCCUACUUUAUCCCCUUCGGACACGUCUUAGUGUUUUAAGAACAUUCAUUGAUGUAAGAAAAUGCUCACAGAACAUACUAGGAGUACGCACAAUUUUAUUUGCCACGGGACGAGGAACACAUUCUCCUUGUGAGAACAACAACGCCUCAAACAUACAGCAGAGCGUCACGACUCGCUUGAUGGCAGUCGCCAGCAGUGACCCCUGUUGCCAGUUUGCAGUGACAUAUGGACUGAGGAAGCUUUGGGGGUGUUGGACAAGUUCUAAAACGUGGCUGUGCACGUGACGGGUUUACUACAAAUCAUAGACGCGCACCCUUACAACUGCAUUUUAUAGUGUGCAAACAACACCUCCACAAAGCUGCGAAAAAGAGAGAGAUGUCCUGAAGCCGGAAGGUGACGACCGUUCGCCACAGCCCACGCGGCUGUGCCGGCCACCUGCCUUUGUACACAUAGCACUUAAACACAUGGACUCAGGAGCCAGAUGCCUGGGUUCAGACCCCGGCUCCAGCACCCACAGGCUGUGAGACCCAGCCAAGGUAUUGACCUCAGUUUCUUCACCUAUAAAACGGACCUGAAAAUGAUACCUGUUUCGUAGGGUUGCUGCCAGGACUCAAUGGGUUAAUAUAUGGCAAGUGCAAA